AUGACAAUAACUGCCUGUAGACGCUUCCAAGCAAUUCACCGGUGCCGAAUCUAUGCCGGGAUCGGCGUCGAGGUGAGCGCUGUCUGUGCCGAGUUCGGCAUUGAGACAUGCGCGGUCGGUGUCGAGAAGUCGGUGUCGAGUCGAUUGGUGCCGAGGUUAGUGGCCGAGACUGCUCCGAAGAUAGUCCCUGGUGUCGACUUAAUUGGUGCGGGGAUCGGCGUCGAGAAAAAGCGCUGUUGGUGUCGAACAGUCGGUGCCAAGUGGACCCGUUCCAAGGUCGCAAGAUCGGUGCUGAUGAAAGCUGAACCAGAGAGUCAGGAGAUAUCAAGGGCGGCUGAAAUAUGGGAAACAACUUUACAAAUAGUCAAGGAGAGAAUACAUCAGAAACAUAAAAGGUCAAUUAAUGCCACAGAUCUCCUAUCAACAGAUGAACUAAAAAUGAUUGCCAACAUGUCUGGAUGUCUUUCUCACUUGCAGCCUCUAAUAUGCCCUAAACAUUGUUUCGCUAGCAAGUACAGAACUAUCACAGGAGUCUGCAAUAACAGAAAUAACCAUAGAUGGGGAGCUUCAAACUCUGCCCUGGCCAGAUGGCUGCCAGCACAAUAUGAAGAUGGCUACAGCCAACCUAAAAGCUGGAAUCCUGGGCAUCUUUACAAUGGCUUUGAACUGCCUCCUGUACGGGAAAUAAGCAACAAAAUUUUGCGGGCAUCAGACAACACUACUUCAGAUGACAACGCCUAUACUCGUACCAUUGUUGAGUGGGGCCAGUACAUAGACCAUGAUAUUUCAUUCACUCCUCAAAGUACAAGCAAAGCUACUUUCAAGGGAGGACUGGACUGUCGGCAUACCUGUAAAAAUUUAAAUCCCUGCUUUCCAAUAAAGAUUCCACCAAACGACACAUUUUCCACAAAGAAAGACUGCUUGCCCUUUUAUCGUUCAUCUCCUGCCUGUGUAUCAAAUCAGAGACAGCAGAUUAAUGCAUUAACGUCCUUCAUUGAUGGCUCUACAGUGUAUGGAAGCACCCCAGCGUUAGAAAAUGAGCUUCGAAACCUUACAAGUGAAGAGGGUCUUCUUAAUGUUAAUACAAGGUUUUCAGACAAUGGACGUGAGUUCUUACCUUUUGUUGCCCAAGUGCCUUCGCCAUGUGCUCAAGAUCUGGGGGAUCCAGAUGGGGUUAGAAUUGAAUGUUUCCUGGCGGGGGAUAGUAGAUCUAAUGAAGUCAUUUCACUCUCUGCCCUACAUACACUGUGGGUCCGAGAACACAAUCGGAUUGCUAGGACUCUGAAGAAACUAAACGCCCACUGGAGUGCAGAGACAAUGUACCAGGAGGCCCGUAAAAUUGUCGGGGCUUUGCAUCAGAUUAUUACAAUGAGGGAUUAUGUCCCAAAAAUCAUUGGGACCAGUGCUUUUCAUCACUACAUAGGUCCUUAUGGAGGAUAUGACCCCUCAAUAAAUCCUACAGUUUCCAAUGUGUUUUCAACUGCAGCAUUUCGCUUUGGCCAUGCAACUAUUCCACCGGUAUUACAAAGGCUGCAUCAUAAGUUUCAGGAACAUAAGAAUGUAUCAUCUUUAAGUUUGCAUGAGGCAUUUUUCAGUCCCUGGAGGCUUAUUAAAGAAGGUGGACUGGAUCCAGUAAUCAGAGGGAUUUUAUCAAAACCUGCAACACUGCUAACAGCAGACCACAUAAUGAGUAAAGAGCUGACUGAGAAACUCUUUGUGUUGUCCAACCCUGGAGCACUGGACUUGGCGUCUUUGAACCUGCAACGUGGACGUGAUCAUGGCCUACCAGAGUUCUGUGGACUUCACAGACUGGAAACUCAAGCAAGUCUAAGUACAGUCAUAACUGAUUUGAACUUAGUUCAGAAGAUAAUAGAUGCAUACAGACACCCCAGCAAUAUUGAUGUGUGGUUGGGUGGACUUGUGGAAGACACUGUUCCUGGGGCUAGAACUGGACCACUAUUUGCAUGUUUAAUUGGAAAGCAGAUGAAAAACCUAAGGGACGGUGACAGGUUUUGGUGGGAAAAUGACAAUGUUUUUACAGAAAGCCAAAGAAAUGAACUUGCGAAGCAUUCUCUUUCCCGUGUGAUCUGUGACAACAGUGGAGUCACUGAAGUACAAACAGAUGUUUUCAAACUAGGAGAAUACCCACAGAAUUUUGUGCCUUGUAACCACAUACUGGGGCUAAAUCUUGAAGCUUGGCAGGAAAAUCCGAACAGUGGUCAGCUAAAUGCAAAAACACCAAUGGCAGCUAUCGAUGUCUCUGCUCAGAUCCAUAUGUGCUUGCUGAAGAUGGCAGGACAUGUAUAG